AUGGGAAUUAAAACACUUGCCAAAAUCCAGAUUGAAGAGAGAAGCCUGGUAGAAAAGGAAGAUGGAUCUUCCAACAUCCAGAUCAGUGCCCGACUUACUGCACCCCGUUGUUGUACAGGUAUGGUCAGACCCGAACCGACUUCCCCCGGCCACCAGCCCCCAGCCCCGGCUGCAUCGCCCCGGGCAUCGCCCCCAGGCGGAGCCCCCGACCCCAGCGCUGCCCCUCCCGGGGAGCGGGGUCCGGGACAGCCCGGCCCGACCGACACUGGAGGCCGCCCGGGGCCACCCGAGGCCAGCGCUGCUCCCCUCGGCGGCCGGUCCCCGCCGGAGGCUGCGGCACGACCCCCCCGCCUCUGCCGUGCUCUCCCGCAUCCCCGAGCUCCGGCCCUAAAGCGGAGCCGAAACGUGCGGGACGCCGGCCCCACGCCGAGCCCGGGUAGCCAGCAUCCUCCGAUCCCGAACACCCAGCAUCCCCCGAACCCGGGCACCCAACACCCCCGAACCCGGGCACCCAGCAUCCCCGAGCCCGGGCACCCAGCAUCCCCGAGCCCGGGAACCCAACAACCCCGAGCCCGGGCACCCAGCAUCCCCGAGCCCGGGCACUCAAUAUCCCCGAUCCCGACCACCCAGCAUCCUCCGAACCCGGGCACUGAAUAUCCCCGAUCCCGACCACCCAGCAUCCCCCGAACCCAAGCACUCAAUACCCCCGAACCCGGGCACCCAGCAUCCUCCGAACCCGAACACCCAGCAUCCACGAGCCCGGGCACCCAACACCCCCGAACCCGGGCACCCAGCAACCCCGAUCCCGAACACCCAGCAUCCCCCGAACCCGGGCACCCAGCAUCCCCGAGCCCGGGCACCCAGCAUCCUCCGAACCCGGGCACCCAACAACCCCGAUCCCGAACACCCAGCAUCCUCCGAACCCGGGCACUCAAUACCCCCAACCCGGGCACCCAACACCCCCGAACCCGGGCACUCAAUACCCCCGAACCCGGGCCCCCAGCAUCCUGCGAGCCCGGGCACCCAUCAUCCCCCGAACCCGGGCACUCAAUACCCCCGAGCCCGGGCACCCAACACCCCCGAACCCGGGCACCCAGCCCCGCCGCCGGGAAGGUUCCGCUCAGCCCCGGGCGCUGUCCCCCCGCCGCCCCCGCUCGGAGCCUUCUCGCGGUGCCCGUUCGGCAGCGGGAGCGCGGCUCGGCCGGCGGCUGCUCCGCUGCCAUCCCGGGCUGCGGCGGGGGCGGUCGGAGCGGGCACCGCCGCACUGACGGGCUGGGAGGGCGGCGGAGCCGGGGGCGGCAGCUCUUCCGCGGGCACGGGCGCUCUCCCAGCCGGGGACAGGCCGAGGGACGAUCCCUCGCAUCCCCUCUGGCUCCUCCGCCGCGGCGCUUGUGCGGGCGGGGAGCCCGGCGGAGGGAGCCGCCCGCCGGGCAGUACCGGAGGGCGGGGGGGGCGCCGGCGGGGACUGGGGCCGCCCCCCGGCGAGGCGGCGGAGCGGCCACGCCGCCGCUUUCGGGGGAUUCUCCGAGAGGAGCGGGCAGGGCGGCUCCGGGAGGGGGAACCCCCCUCGGCCCGGCUAUUCGCGUCCCCGGCGUCGCUCCUCCUCCUGGCGCUGAUGUCAGCCGCGGGGAGGGCCGGCUGGCAGCGGCAGAGCGGGGCGCGGGCGGCCGCGGCAGAGCCGAGCCGGAGCCGCCGCCGCCGCCGCCGCCGGGACAGCGCGGGCUCCGGGGCGCCGCCGGCAGCGCAGCCCGCGCCCCCAGGGCCAGCCGGGCCAGCACCGGGCCAGCCCCGCCGGGGGCCGGGCGAGCGCCCAGCGGCGGCGGCUGCCCCGCGGGGGGACCCGGCGCUCCGCUGUCCGCAGCCGCCCGGCGAGGGAAGGGCAGCCGGGCUGCGCUGCGGAGCCGCACCGAGUUCAGAGUCUCUCCGCGCAACUUGGGUUACGCGGCCGGACCUCUGCGGACUGGUGCGGAGCUUCCAGAGCGCGAUUGCCUUUCCGUCGUCUCGCGGCUGCAAAAGCAGAUAAUUGACUAA